AAUAUGAAAAGGCAGCACACAAAUGGGCCUGCUCGUCAGAUGGGGGCUGGUGUGGCAUGACAUCACUACCCAGCUGUUCUCAUUCAGGCUCUGUGUGUGUGUGAGAGAGAGAGAGAGACAGAAGAGGGAGGAGGUCAGUAGAAAUGAUCUGCUGAGAGUGAUUCUUAGUCACCGGGCCCUGUUUUCUCCCAACAGGAAGAAACAAUGAGGACUGCCUGACACCAAAGCCUCACUGCAGUAAGUAUGAACUGACCCUACCAACUGUAGCAUCUCUUCUACCCUGCUUACCAUGGCAAGGCGAGAGUCCAGCAGCAGUCCUGUGGUCCGACAGAUAGACAAACAGUUCCUUGUAUGCAGUAUCUGCCUUGACCAUUACCACAACCCUAAAGUUCUGCCUUGCCUACACACAUUCUGUGAAAGGUGUCUUCAGAAUUACAUUCCUCCGCAGUCUCUGACAUUGUCAUGCCCUGUGUGCAGACAAACCUCUAUCCUCCCAGAGAAAGGUGUGGCUGCUCUUCAGAAUAAUUUCUUCAUUACCAACCUAAUGGAGGUGCUGCAGCGCGAGCCAGAAUGCUCUUGUCCGGAGUCCUGUAGCGUUCUUGGAUCAGUGAGUGCAGCAGUGGCAGCAAAACCUCUGUGUUGCCCUAACCAUGAUGGCAAGGUAAUGGAGUUUUACUGCGAGUCUUGUGAAACAGCCAUGUGCCUGGAGUGCACAGAGGGGGAACAUCGAGAACAUAUGACCGUACCAUUGAGAGAUGUUGUAGAGCAGCAUAAGGCAGCACUGAAGAACCAGCUUGAUGCCAUCUGUAGCAGAUUGCCUCAGCUGACCGCUGCCAUAGAACUUGUGAACAAGAUAUCCAAACAGUUGGCAGAACGAAAGAAUGAGGCAGUUAUGGAAAUCAACAGUACCUUUGAAGAGUUGGAACGAGUGUUACAUGAUCGCAAGAACACCCUCAUAAACGAUCUAGAGAACAUCUUCAGUGCCAAACAGAAGGUUUUGCAUACCCAAUUGACAUCUCUCCUGCAAGGCCAAGAAAAUAUCCAAAGCAGCUGCCGCUUUACAGAGCAAGCCCUUAGCCAUGGCAGUGCUACUGAAGUACUGCUUGUGCGCAAACAGAUGAGUGAGAGGGUCAAUGCUUUGGCCCGGCAGGACUUCCCUGAAAGACCACAUGAGAAUGACCACCUUGACUGCCUCCUGGAGACAGAGGGACUUCGACGAUCCAUUCAAAACCUUGGUGUGCUUCUGACCACCAGCUCUGUAGGCCACACUAGUGUGGCAACAGGAGAUGGACUGAGACAUGCCCUUGUAGGACAUCAGACAACCGUCACAAUCACGACAAAGGAUAAAGAUGGCGAACUGGUUAAAAUGGGCAAUGCCAUUAUCCGUGCUGAAAUUACAGGACCUAAUGGUUUCUAUACUGAAGCAGAAGUGGUGGACAACAAGAAUGGCACCUAUGAAAUUGUCUAUACACUUAAAUCAGAGGGUGAGUUCACCCUUUCAUUGCUGCUCUAUGAUCAGCCCAUACGUGGUAGUCCUUUUCGCUUACGCUGCGUGAAAGCGUCUGAAGUACCACAGUCUCCAGAUGAUGUUAAACGGCGUGUCAAGUCACCCAGUGGUGGUGGUCAUGUUCGUCAGAAAGCUGUCCGAAGGCCCUCCAGCAUGUACAGUUCAGGAAAGAAAAAAGAAAAUCCUAUUGAGGACGAAAUGAUCUAUAGAGUGGGGACAAGAGGUCGUGAAAAAGGGGAAUUCACAAACCUGCAGGGAAUCUCUGCUUCUGGAAAUGGAAGGAUAGUCGUAGCAGACAGCAACAACCAGUGCAUCCAGGUUUUUUCAAAUGAUGGACAAUUCAAACUGCGCUUUGGGGUGAGGGGACGAUCUCCUGGUCAGCUGCAGCGCCCCACUGGAAUUACUGUUGACAUGAAUGGAGACAUUAUAGUAGCAGAUUAUGACAACAAAUGGGUCAGCAUCUUUACAUCUGAUGGAAAGUUUAAGAAUAAAAUUGGAGCUGGUCGGCUAAUGGGACCCAAAGGUGUAGCAGUUGAUCGUAAUGGUCACAUCAUUGCUGUGGAUAACAAGGCUUGCUGUGUUUUCAUUUUCCAAUCCAAUGGGAAGCUUGUCACUAAAUUUGGGGCAAGAGGAACAUCAGACAGGCAGUUUGCAGGUCCUCACUUUGUGGCAGUGAAUAACAAAAAUGAAAUUGUGGUGACAGAUUUUCACAAUCAUUCAGUUAAGGUAUACAGUGCAGAUGGAGAGUUCCUGUUUAAAUUUGGGUCUCACGGUGAAGGAAACGGGCAGUUUAAUGCUCCAACUGGAGUUGCUGUUGACGCAAAUGGCAACAUAAUUGUAGCAGACUGGGGAAACAGCCGGAUACAGGUGUUUGACAGCGCUGGCUCAUUCUUGUCUUAUAUUAAUACGACAGCAGAUCCACUGUAUGGCCCGCAGGGUCUGGCACUUACUUCUGAUGGACAUGUUGUAGUCGCAGACUCCGGAAACCAUUGCUUCAAAGUCUACAGAUAUCUUCAGUAACUCAUAAGAGUGAAUUGACUGUUCUUGUUUUCUAAAUUGAUCAGACAUUGAUUUAAAGAAAAAAGAAAACAUUUCAUAUCAUGCAUGUGAGAAUUACUUUCCAAAUUUAAAUAUAAAAUGAAUGUAAUAAAAUUCUCCAGUUUACCAAUAUGCCAUAAGUACAUGACUAAAAUAUUAAUGAGAGAGAGAGAGAACGGGAGAAAACUCCACAGAGGGCUGCACGGGCACUGAGGUGCAUUGUGGUUCGGCACCAGACGACUUCACCCUGGGAGGAGGUGAAGCUGGAAGGGCCGAGAAUGUCAGGGCAGACUGGGCGACUUUAGGCUGUUCAGGACGUGUAUUGGAGUUUGUUUAGCUGUGCCCACCUGGGUGUAAAUAUGCUGUGCCGAGAAGCACUUCUGCAGAUGGUAGGUGUGAUAGAUCCUUCAGCUUUGGUACUUUGUUUUUUGGGAGCAUUUCCUGAGAGUUAUAAACUUAUGUGAAAACUUGCUGCAAAACAUAUCAAUGUGACACACAAGCACAGAAUCAAUAAUUUGAAAACUUUGGAAAGAGGAAUACAUAUCCUUUAUUAUUGUAUAUAUGUUAAAAUUAAUUAAGUUACAUAGUUUUUCUACUGUAAAAUAAACCUUUGUUUGGAGCCAUGGCGAUAACCUGAAAAUAUGAGACUAAUAUGAGUUUCCAUGCUUAUGUUUACAGCUCAGCAUAAUACAAACCGAACUUGUUCAUAAUAAAUUGGGUUUCUCAUUUUAAUUAUGUGGAAAACUGAAGAUUAUUAUUUAAUAUCUGCCUGGCGUUGUAAUUAAUAUAAAGUUUAGAGUAGUUAUCUUACUUUUACUUACCAGAAUUCUCUGCGUGAUAAAUUUUGCACAGGGGAAAAAAAUUGUAUUACUUGCUCUGGAAGUGCACCUUGCUCACAUUUUAAAAUGCAAUCAUUCUUAAAUCACUUGGCUUCUUCAGUUUGCAGUACAGCAGCAUAAACGCCCUCGUCUGUUAGAAUGCUGUCAGAUGCAAACUAAAAGGACAAGCCAAAUGACGGAAAGCAACAGUGACAAAUAAUUCAGAAUUCUAAAAAGAUAAGGAAAUAUUAGUCUGUCUGAUGUCCCAGUUUUAAUUGAUUUUCAAGCUAUAGAGCUAAUAUUAGAUAUCCGAUCCUGAAUUAAAAUGUAUGGCUGCUUGCACAAAGCAGAACGUUAUCAGCCACGUAGCAGUUACCACAUCCUUUAUGGUGUACAAUACAUGGUGUUUUGAAGAUGUAAUAUUUCUGUUAAAUAAGUGUAAAGAUCUAAAUAAGAAAAUGUGCACAUUUUGUAAUUACAAAAUAUUUAUCAAGUUAAACUACAAAACGACCUUUUUCUAAACUAGACUAUUUGUCCAUUUGGACAUAAAAAUCUGCACGUUGGUUUUGUUUUCCACUCGGCAACAACCCACACAUACUUAACAGUUUAUCCGUAGGCUUAUUUUAUUGUCACAUCAAAGUGCUAUAAUAACAAAGUUAAGAAAUUCAAGUUGAAAAUGGCUUGUCUUGUAAUAAGAAAGUUGUGUUUUCCUAUAAAGAUUGGUGAAUGAUCCUAGAGCAGGGGUCUCCAACUCCAGUCCUGGAGAGCUACUGUGGCAGCAGGUGUUCAUUCUAACCUUUUCUAAAUUAGUGACCAGAUUUUGCUGCUAAUGAAAUCUUUGUCUUAAUUUUAAUUGAUGCACAACUUAAGACUCAGGCCCCUUAAUUAUUUCUUUUUUCCUUAAUUAGCAACCAAACAAUAUUAAGACACAAAAUGAACCAACACAUAAACAACAACCUGCGUCCAUCACACAAUAACUGAAAAUAAAGAAAGGUGAAGGCCUGAGUAAUGUUGAUCUGCUCAGGUCCACAAAACACUUUGACAGCGCUCUUAAAAGAGAAAAUCCACAGUUUUGGAAAUGUCUGCCAUGGCAGAAUGAGUGCCAUGGAAUUAAAUAACAGGUUUAAAUUAGCAACGAGAAUUGGCUUCAAAUUAAGAAACUGAAUGAAGUAAAGUUGGUUGGAAUUUGAGGCCCCAACUUAGUUGCUCAUCUGUUGGCUCAUUUCACAUCAAAUUUAUGUUUAGGUACCGUUUAAGGAAAAAAGAAUCAAUUCAGCGGUCAGAGCCUCAAGAAAAGUCAAUUAAAAUAAAGGGAAAUAGUUAAUUAGCCGCAAAAACUAAUUCACUAAUUAAGAAAAAAGUUAGAAUGAAAACCUGCAGCCACAGUAGCUCUCCAGGACUGGAGUUGGAGACCCCAGUCCUAGAUGAUACUUCAAGAAAUAAAACAAGCAUAUCCAUCCAUCCAUUAUCCAACCCUCUAUAUCCUAACUACAGGGUCUCGGGGGUCUGCUGGAGCCAAUCCCAGCCAACACAGGGUGCAAGGCAGGAAACAAACCCUGGGCAGUGCGCACACACACCAAGCACACACUAGGGACAAUUUAGAAUCGCCAAUGCACCUAACCUGCAUGUCUUUGGACUGUGGGAGGAAACCCAUACAGACACGGGGAGAACAUGCAAACUCCACACAGGACGGACCUGGGAAAUGAACCCAGGUCUCCUGACUGCGAGGCAGCAGCGCUACCCACUGCGCCACCAUGCCGCCAAAACAAGCAUACGUUAAUUACUAAUUUUUAUUCAAUGCUCUUCAAAUCUUUGUCCAAACUGAUGUCUGUGUGACCUAACUAACAACUUUGAAGACAACUGCAAAGCUAUUUCUCUAUUGAUUUGCCUUUCACAACAUUCUGGAGAUCUCCAUUUCGAUAUGUUCAUGCCACACAAUCUUUGCACUGUGCUGAGUGUAAAACAAGCCGAACCCCUGUGCUUAGGUUUAAUCUGUAGGGCAAGAUAAUUACUCUAAAAAAUAAAUAAGUAAAUAAUUAGUCAAGCUGUACUUAGCAGUAUUAGUGUGUGUUGUAUGGCAGUCAAUAAGCAUGAGCUCAAAUUAUUCUCAUGUUGUUUCACUCAUCCAUGUUAUCCCCAGUGCUCUUCUACUUUGUUGUCAAAUGUAAUGUGAGAAAACAAAAAAAAGCCACUGCAGUUAUGGUGCACUCAAUGCUGUCAUUUAUUUAUUCUUAAUGUACUUAUCUGGAAUAUUUAUUUAUAUAUUGCUUCCUAGUGUGUGCAUUUCAUGUUAGAGUGCAUUUUACAGCGUCUGCAGUCCACCGAAGACCUUCUCUAUCAGGUAUGUAUAGAAGGAAUGGCCUUUUCUGAUGAUGCCUACCACCUCUUAAAUAUAAUGAAGUAAUCAUUCUGCCAACAAGCCAUUCAGUCUAUUCAGUGCAUCAACAUCAGCAAUUUUUUUAUCAAAGUUUUUACUGCAUUAAUCACUCUUUGUUCUUUUGAUACCGUAUCUGAAAUAGUUGUAUAUACUGCAUUUUAAUGUAUUUAUCAAACUUGCUUUUUUUCUUUCGCCAGAUGUUUCUCAUGGUUCAAAUGUUAAACACUUAUGUAUGGGAAUGGAACACUAGGGAAAAAAAAACACAUUAAAAGCCAAACGUGACACUUUUACAAAGGAGACGGUAGGGGUAUUGUUUACGAACUUUAGUAUGUCUGUCGUAGAAAAAAACAAGCCUAAUGAAGUCAUGUUGUAAAAAUAGUCUUUGCCCAUUUGUAAAUAGCGACAAAGACUGACUGUUCACAUCAGGCGAAAACAACCCAAUUGGUGUUAAAGUGGAUCAUGGAGAUGAUGCCUUACUAGCAAAGCUUGGUGACCUUUCUCUGAAGGUUGGUGCAGAAAUGCAUUUGGGCCCUUUCCCAUAUAUUGGAGAGAUCAUCGGUUUAUUUUUUACAAAAGCAUAUUUGCUAAGCUCUCAUCAUCAUCCCCUGCCCUUUGUUAAAGCUCUUGUGCUAGAGGUGCACUUUUUAUGCACAGCAUUCUUAUAUCAUCCUGAGCUUCUUGAUGCAGGUUGGAAGUGUAAGCUGAGGCGGACACCAACUUAACAUUUUAUCUUCUGCUUAUAAUGCAUUAUCUGCUGUGGCCCUUUCUGCUGCACAUGAUCUGAGCAGACACUAUUCCUCAAAAUGUCUUUCUGCAUCUUAUUCAUGACAGAUGCUCUAAACUACUGGGUAGGAGCCUAUCCAGGAACCACUGGGGUACAAGAAGAGGUGCCAGAUCAUUGCAAGGAUAUACUGUGGAUUCAGAAAGUAACACAAUAAAUUGUACAGAAACAGAACAGACCUGAACACUUUCUGAAUCCACUGAGUAUGUAAAAAAAAGCAGUGCAAUUUUUACCCCCCCACCCAAAAAAAAACCCACUGUAAAUUAACUCAGUAAAUAUACUUGUAUCCGAUACCACUACAGUAGUUCAGGAAGGGUGUGAAACUUUCUUGGGUGCUUUUUUCCUUCUUAAUUUUAAUAGUGUUUCAUUCUCGCUUUGCAUUCUAGCGAUACAUGGAAAUGGCCAUUUAGCUGUUACAUAACAAACUGUACGGUGUAAGAGUGAUUUGGACGUAAAAGCCUUUUGAAAUUGCUCAGGAAAGAAAUCCAAAAACUAGUUGAGUUAAGCAUAAAUCAGUGUGGGGCCAUCUUUCUUUGGAGUGGUUCAUGCAAACCAUUGAAAUACAGUCCAUGGGCACUUUCCAUUUUGUGACAUGUUUGAACACUAAUGUAUAUUAGGAAAUAAUGGAAAGGUUUGCAAAUUUUUCAACUCCGGUUUGAUUUGUUUCAUCUCUUUUGCACAACUGCAGUUUUUUGGUAUUCAUGGUCAGAUAAUUAGUGACAUUCCCCAGUGGGUAUAUAUAGCUGAAGACAGCUUUUUUAAUGUUUCUGUUUGUUAAUCAGAGCUAUGUCAUAUGACAAAUGAGCUAAUAUAUUUGCUGAGAAUUGUAAUAAUUGUCCGUAGCUGAUAUCAAAAGGUGUCUGUAUACAAAACUGUCUGUAAUAAUAUGGAUAAUACAUUUGUUUCCUGA